AUGAAACAUAUUCUAGUGUUUGGAAUUUAUCUGAUCUUUGCGCUUGUACAAAGAGUGGAAGGUGUUCAUUUUUACGCCAGACCCGGAGAAACUAAAUGUUUUUAUGAGCAUUUAUCAAAGGGGAACUUAUUAAUUGGCGAUCUGGAUAUAUAUGUAGAAAAGAAUGGUAUGUUUAUGGAGGACCCGGAAGCCAGCUUGGCCAUAACCGUGGAUGAAACAUUCGAUAACGAUCACCGUGUCCUGAACCAGAAAAACUCACACACAGGUGAUUUCAGUUUCACAGCUUUAGACACAGGGGAGCAUAGGAUGUGCUUCACCCCGUCGUACAACAAGAAGUCCACUCCAGUAAGAGUGUUCAUUGAACUAGAAAUCGGCAACGUCGAGGCGCUUGAUAGUAGAAGGAAGGACGACAUGAACUCACUCAAGGGGAGAGUGUUCCAGUUGACCCAAAGGCUAUCUUCGAUUCGCAAGGAGCAAGACAAUAUCAGAGAAAAAGAGGCAGAGUUCAGGAACCAGAGUGAGUCUGCCAACAGCAAGAUAAUGACGUGGUCCGUACUUCAGUUCUUCAUGCUAGUGGCAGCGUGCGUCUUCCAGCUACGCUACCUCAAGAAUUUCUUUGUUAAACAGAAGGUUGUAUAG